CCUUGUCGCAAGGUGGUAGUAUUGUGCACAUCAACAUUUUGAGCAUUACAGAAGAAGACGCAAUUGUCAAGAUGGCGGCGGCCUGUAGGACUGCACUUGCGGGGUUAAAUGUUUUUCACUCCUCCUUUUGUACACCUAAACAGACUCUGAGAAGCUGCUGGAGUGUGGUGGAGCAAGUCAGAGGGUACUAUGUUGACUGGAGAAUGCUACGCGACGUGAAGAGAAGGCAGAUGGCCUUUGACUAUGCAGAUGAAAGACUACGGAUCAAUGCACUAAGGAAGAACACUGUUCUCCCCAAGGAGCUUCAGGAUGUUGCCGAUAAAGAAAUCGCCGCGCUACCACGUGACAGCUGCCCAGUACGAAUCCGGAAUAGAUGUGUGAUGACCUCACGGCCGCGUGGCGUCAAGCGCAGGUGGCGUCUCAGUCGCAUAGUCUUCCGUCACCUGGCGGACCACAACCAGAUGUCUGGAAUACAGCGGGCCAUGUGGUGAUUUUAUUUAUCUCAAUGAUGUAGUGGUAAAAAAUAAUGAUAAUAGGUGGUCAUCGUUUGCGGUGAGUAAAGUAAUGGUCUCUAAACCUGCAGAAGAUGGGUAAACACUCGUGCAAAAUAUAAAAGCAUUUACGUGCAUUUAUCCUCUACUACACUACUGGUGAUUAGGGUUAGUCAUUGUCGGACGACCGGACCAACACAGUACACUAUGCUGUGAACUCUGUUUUUCUUUUCCACACCACUUUGAAUUAUGUUAAUUGAAGUUUGCAACUGACAGCUUAAAGGUGUCAACUGUAUUAAAACAAAUAAAAGGAUGUAUGUUUGAA